ACGUGAACCUUCGACAUGUUAAAGUGGUAGCUUACUGCGCCCUCGCUACCUGAUGUCUCCCAAGCUCCCAGAAUCACCUCCUGGAAUACCGCCAUCCGACGAUGUCAUCUCCUUCGCCGUCCAGGAGAUCUGUCGAUAGCUUCGAAUCCCUCCAGUCUCCGAGCUCGCAACGCAAUCAGUACCCUUUCCCUCAACAUGAUAGACCAAAUUCCACGGGUCGAUACAACCCAAGCCGUGGGCGCCGGGGGUCGACGGCGAGCUCUAUACACUCGAUUCACUCCCUGAGCUCAGUCGGUGGCGCCCUGGACACAUCAUCGCAAAGCAGGAUGGGCUCGGUGAAAGAGGUCGGACAAAACGCUUCUGGCGCCUCAGGGCAUAAACCCCCUUCUGCAAAGGACAUACCUCCCGUCACCCUUACCAACAUACCUCACAUCGAUUCUACCGCGUUCAACUCGUAUUUGUCUCAAGUAGGCUCGCUAUACGACGCUUUUCAGAGGGCAAAGGCAGAAACAGAUGGCGGCUCGUCCCAGAUAUUUAAGAGGGAUUCGGAUAAGAAAGAGGAGUUUGAUGAGAUAGUGGAGAAAGGGUUACAACGGGACCAUGCAGUCACUCCACCACUUACCAGGCCUUCCAUAGCCGCUUUGUCUCCUGGGGCGUCACCACAGCCAAGGCGACGUUCAAGCGGAGGCGUUUCUAGGCGAAAUCUCAACGCCGUGACACCGUUAUCAACAAUACCGAACGUCUAUUUCGAUGACAAUUUCCAUCUUGAGAACCCACGCACAUUUGACAUUGUCAGCGAGCGGUCCGAGGUCAUUCGACAGCCACAAACUAGAAGUGAUACGGACUCAAAUGGUGCGAAUGGCAGAUUGGAGAGUCCACAGCCUCCUGGCAGGAAAGCUCUGGCAAGCAAUGCUAUUCUACAGGAAAAACUCUCGUGGUAUAUGGACACUGUUGAGGUUCAUCUUAUCUCCUCUAUUUCCACUGCGUCUACUUCCUUCUUUGCUGCUCUCGGCUCCCUCCGAGAGUUGCAAUCCGAGGCUGCAGAGUCCGUUUCGAAGAUCAAGUCUCUGAGAGAGGAUCUGAGCAACUUAGAUCGCCAGAUGGCCGUUGGAGGUCUGAAAAUCAUUGAUAUGAAGCGACGGCGAGAAAAUCUUAGAAAACUCACAGACGCAACGGACCAGCUGCAGAGCGUCAUGCAAGGCUUUUCCCAUUGCGAGGAGCUGAUUGACAGAGGCGAACUUGAGACCGCUAUAACCCGGAUAGACGCCCUGGAAAAGCUUAUAGCAGGAGAUUUAAACAUCACAGAUCCAUCUACAGUAUUAUGGCUCCAGCCACAUCUACCAAGUAGGCUCGUAGAUCUACGUAGUCUCAAGGCCUUCGAUGGGCUAGCAGAAGGCAUACAACAACUAAGAUCUCGCAUCGGUAAAGGAUUCGAAGCCAGGUUUUUGGAGACCCUGCUAGUUGACCUACGUCAACAUGUUCAAAGCGUGCCACAAAAGGACACUCUCCAACGCUGGGCAUCUGCUUCCCAAAGAUCUCGAGGCAACCACAACAGAAUGCAGUCUAUAUUACCAGCAUACAUGAAAACGAAUGAGACAUUCCGUUCAGAUUUGCGGGCAAAUCUGAUAGGUCUCAGCGCGUCUAAUUACACUACCAAAGCAGCGGCAGCUUUCAGAGAUGCCAUUGUCAGGGAAAUGAAAGUCCUUAUUCGACACCACCUCCCGAGCGCGUCAGAUGAUGACGCGGAAUCUGUCACAUCAGUAUCGACCCGGAGCAGUCGCUUGCACAGCCAGCAAGAUAAAUCGUCUAUUCUUUCUCGAAACCUCCGGGCUCUUGAUUCCGCCGAUGCCGAAGAGCUUUUUGUCAAAAUCUAUUCGGAUGUUGGGGAGGCAUUGCGCCGACUCAGUAUUCAAGUAAAAGUGCUGCUCGACGUCACAAGCGGUGUCGGAACGCCUCCGCCGUCCGCAGGUGGUACUCGCUCGCCUCCUAGAAGCCCUAAUCUGGGAAGCAUUGAUGGAUACAUGAACGCGCGGGGUCCGAUCUUAGAGUCCAGCGAUCUUCAGGAAGAGUUAAUGCAAGCCCUGGACAUGUCCAGUCUCUUGGGUCAAGCUGUCGAUGCGGCUCAGACUCAGAUCACAAAAAUAUUGAGAGUGAGAUCGGAAGGAACUACUCAUCUGGAGCUCCCUAGAUUCCUGCGGUACUUCAGUCUAAACAGGUUGUUUGCGGACGAGUGUGAGGCCGUAUCGGGCCGGUCGGGUGCAGCAUUGAAAGGUGUUGUCAAUGAUCACAUCGGCCAGUUUGUGUCUCUGAUGGGAGAAACUGAAAAACAGCGACUCAACCAAGUCAUGGACUCAGAUCGAUGGAAAGCAAAGGAUUUCGGAGAUUCAAACAACGACGUCUUGUUGCGAAUAUUGCAAGGAAUGACUAGUGAUCCCGUAAUCUGGUCAAAGAGUUCAAUGAUUUGGGAAGACAUCGAUCUUGCAAUGAACGGCACAGCGACCCUGGACACCAAUGGAAACUCCAAGGAGAAAUCGCAAGGUCCAAGCCACGCAAUAGUAGACGAAGAAAGAUACGUGGUCAGCGCAUCGGCGGUCGCGGCUCUGAAAGGUGUCGAUAGGUUCGAGAAUCUCAUCGCCGCGAUACCCAGUAUGACCGCGGAAGUCUCGGUGUUGAUUUGCGAUUAUCUCAAAUUGUUCAACUCUCGACUAUGCCAACAGAUCCUUGGAGCUGGAGCAAUACACAGCGCAGGACUAGAGAAUAUCAACACUCGACAUCUUGCAACUGCUUCCCAAGCUUUGAGCUUCAUGAUCGCGAUUCUGCCAUACGUUAGAGAAUUCGCACGGCGACAUUCACCCAGUUCUCGGGCUUCAAUUGCUGAGUUUGACAACGUCAAAAGACUGCUGCAAGAUCAGCAGGUCAGCAUCCACGAUAAGCUUAUCGAUAUAAUGAGCAACAGGGCUGCCGUUCAUGUAAAGAAUUUGAAGAAAAUAAUUUGGGAUGAGGAUACUGCACGACAAGUCAGCCCCAACAUGGAAACUUUGACGAAAGACACCCUUACGCUUCACAAAGUCAUCAGCAGGAUCUUGUCGGAUACGUCGGUUCGCAUGAUCAUGUUGCCGGUGUUUGUUAGCUACCGGGAGCAAGUUGGCAAGGCAUUUUCCGAUGCAGUGGUCAAGACGGCGGCCGGUAAAUCGAGGCUCCUCCGCGACGCCCAACUGUUUGACUCGAUGCUCGGUCAAAUCGACGGGGCCGGAGACACAGGGCCCUACCUUAUCCGCUUGGUCAAUGAGAAGACGACAGAAACUCCUACCCCACCACCGGUCCCUUCUCAUGCUGGUGAUAGUGGUGGCAGGUCCUCACCGGAGAAGCCGGCCGUGACGAACGGAACUGAAGCUGCUUCAUGAUGAGUGGAGUAGCUUCCUGUAGUACAGUAAUAAGAUCACAAGAUCUGCACUUUCGACUCUUGAAAAAAGCUGAGAUUGUGAUGUUUUCUAACCGCGGACUGCACAUGGUAAAGAAUACUGAAGGCUACAAAGCCGAAAUGCUUUCCGUGACCUCGACAGAGGUGGAUGGCGUGUAGCUAACUACCAGCUUAACAGUAUGACAUACGAU